CCGGCCACAGUGGUACAGCCCAAGCGCCCCGGCGCUCAGCCUAACUUGCUAGGUGCCGCUGCGGCUUGCGAUUGGUCAGCAGGCGGGAGGGGGCGGAACGAAGAGCUGCGAUUGGGCAGAACGGUACGGGAGGCGGGGCCGCGGGCCCGGGGCGGGCAGGGUUGGUUGCGCGGCGCGGCGGCGGGUCGGGUGCUGUGAGGGGAGGCAGGAAAAUGGCGCUGACGCAGGGCACGAAGCGCAAAGUCUGCUACUACUACGAUGGGGAUGUUGGGAAUUAUUAUUAUGGCCAAGGACAUCCCAUGAAACCCCACAGGAUCCGCAUGACCCACAACCUCCUGCUCAACUAUGGGCUCUACAGGAAGAUGGAGAUCUAUCGUCCUCACAAGGCCAACGCAGAGGAGAUGACCAAGUACCACAGCGAUGAUUACAUCAAAUUCCUCAGGUCCAUCCGCCCUGACAACAUGUCUGAGUACAGCAAACAGAUGCAAAGAUUUAAUGUUGGGGAGGACUGCCCUGUGUUUGAUGGGCUCUUUGAGUUCUGUCAGCUCUCUGCUGGAGGCUCUGUUGCCAGUGCAGUGAAGCUGAACAAGCAGCAGACAGACAUCGCAGUGAACUGGGCUGGAGGUCUCCACCACGCCAAGAAAUCAGAAGCCUCCGGGUUCUGCUACGUCAACGACAUCGUGCUGGCCAUCCUGGAGCUCCUCAAGUACCACCAGCGAGUGCUGUACAUUGACAUCGACAUCCACCACGGGGAUGGGGUGGAGGAGGCUUUUUACACCACAGACAGGGUCAUGACUGUGUCCUUCCACAAAUAUGGAGAAUAUUUCCCAGGAACUGGGGACCUGAGGGACAUCGGGGCAGGCAAAGGGAAGUACUACGCUGUCAAUUACCCGCUGCGGGACGGCAUCGACGACGAGUCCUACGAGGCCAUCUUCAAACCUGUGAUCUCCAAGGUGAUGGAGACGUUCCAGCCCAGCGCCGUUGUCCUGCAGUGCGGCUCCGAUUCCCUGUCUGGGGACAGGCUGGGCUGCUUCAACCUCACCAUCAAAGGCCAUGCCAAGUGUGUGGAGUUUGUGAAGAGCUUUAACCUGCCCAUGCUGAUGCUGGGAGGAGGGGGGUACACGAUCCGGAACGUGGCUCGCUGCUGGACCUACGAGACUGCUGUGGCUCUGGACACUGAGAUCCCCAAUGAACUUCCUUACAACGACUACUUUGAGUACUUUGGGCCAGACUUCAAGCUCCACAUCAGCCCCUCCAACAUGACCAACCAGAACACCAACGAGUACCUGGAGAAAAUCAAGCAGAGGCUCUUUGAGAACCUGAGGAUGCUCCCUCAUGCUCCUGGGGUCCAGAUGCAGCCAAUUCCUGAGGAUGCUGUCCAGGAGGACAGCGGGGAUGAGGAGGAGGAUGAUCCUGAGAAACGCAUUUCCAUCCGAAAUUCCAACAAGAGGAUCUCCUGUGAUGAGGAAUUCUCUGACUCCGAGGACGAGGGCGAGGGAGGGCGCAAGAACGUCGCCAAUUUCAAGAAAGCCAAACGUGUGAAGGCAGAGGAGGAGAAGGAGGAGGAGGAGAAGAAAGAUGAGAAAGAAGAGGAAAAAGCAAAAGAGGAGAAAGCAGCAGCAGCAGCAACAGCAGCAGCAGAACCCAAAGGGGUGAAGGAAGAGACCAAAUCCACCUGAGUGGCUGCAGCUGCCUGCUUGCUGUAGGUUUAGCUCCUGGGUUGCCUCCUCCCCACAGGAUCUCUAUUUUAUAUAUGUUUUCUGUAUAUAUUUCUAUAUAAUUGUAUAAAUGACUGGAGAACUGUAAAUUAUUCCUGGCUGCAGUGCCCUGGGAGCAGGCAGGGCAGGAUUCUGAGCAGCCCAGCUUUGGUGAGCAGGGAGUUUCACCCUUUGCCUUCCACUGCCCCUCCUUGCUGUGGCUCUACAAACACAAAAAUCACUUCCUUCCCUUCCCCCUCUCUGAAACCACCUUGGAAAAGAAUAAUUUCAGUAGGAGUAGUGUCUGCAGCACAGCUUAGGUGCAAAGAUGGCCAUCCAUUCUUGAGUUUCCUCUUUUUUUUUUUUUUGGUGUUUUAGUGGGAGAAUUCCCAAAUGAAGCCUGGGAGAGACUUUUGUGGUUUCCAGUUGGAUUCCACCACCAAUAAAAAACAAAACCCUGCCCAGCUGGUGCCACUUCUCAGGGUCAGAAUUGUGCAGUUCUUGAACAGAGUUGGCUCCUCCCUGCAGCAAACUUGGGGAAAGAGAUGAAGCAGCUGAAAAGAAACCUGAAAAAAAAAAAAAAGAACCUGAAAAAAAAGAAACCUGAAAAAUCCCUUUUUUUUUUUUUUUUUGUUUGUUUGGUUUUUUGGGGUUUUUUUGUGUAUUUUUUUUUAAGUGAAUCAGCUCCAAAGCCCAAAUCUGGAAAAUCUAAAAUUCUAAAAUUCAAAUCCUCCUCAGGGGGUGGUUCAGGAUGCCAGGAUCUGGAUCCAGGGAGGGAAGGGAUGGGAUGGGAUUUCUUACCUGGAUUUUAUUCCCCUCUCUGGGUGAGGAGGGAAUUCAGUUCCUCCCUUUUGGCUUCAUUUUUCUCCUGAGCCCCCUCAGAGCCAGCCCAGAGCCCAGCUGACACCUUCUCAUCACCUGUGUCCCUAAAAAUCUGAUUUUUUCCUUGAUUUUUAAGCCAACUUUUCCCUCCAGUGCAUCCCAACCUUUCCAUCCUGCAGGAACAGCAGAGGGGGCUCUGAGCCUUUUCUCAGCUCCUCAAACCUUUCCCUCUCCUUUUUGGAGAGAAAAACCCCAAUUUUUAAAGGGGAGAAAUUGGAAUUUUUGACAUUUUUUUGUUGGUUUUUUUUUUUUUUUUUUCAGGCAGUUCCCACUCGCUGCUCUCCUUUCUCAGGGGGAUCCCUCUGGAAUUCUGGAAUCAUUCCAGAGGUUUUGCACCCUCCCACGGGAGCACUGCUGAGGUUUCAACUCCAAUAAUGCUGCUAAAAACUUCACACAGCUUCUUUUUCAAAGGGUUUAUUUUUUUAAUUCCUCCUUUUCCUGCCCUCUCCCUUUUCCCCUCCCCUCUCUGUGGAGUUUUUUAGUCUCUUUGGGCUCUGAGUGAGCUUUUCACUCUGAUUUUCAGUGUUUUUAUGUGAAGCAAGAGAGAGAUCAGUGUAACUUUUUGUCUGGGGGACGUGGGAGGGAGGGGAAAAUCUAUUGUGGUUUUUUAAAGAAGCGUUUAUUUUGAAUUUUCAGAACCUUUGUAAUAAAACUGCUCCAUUUCUAUGCUUGGUCUGCUUUUCCUUCAUUCAUUUACAGAACUUUUUUAUUUUGGAUCUCAUGGAAAUCCCAACAAAAUCUCAAAUUUGGGAAGAAAAAUAAGGAUUAAAUCCCUCUUCCAACCAAAACAUUUCAUUUAUUUAUUUAUCCUACACUUGAAAAAAUCCCUUUUGUAAAUUGUUAUUUCCUUGGUAAAUCAGCUGGGGUUGAGAUUCUUCCCUGGGUCUGGAAAUGGGAUGGAUUUGAGGGAUUUUUGGGGUUUUUUUUUUGGGGUGGUUUUAUUCCCAAAUUCCAGCUGGGUCCUCAUCCCUGCCCUGGCAGAUUUUGGGGUUGGAAUGGAGAAUUUGGGGAGAAUGAAGAAUCCAAGGGGAUAAAAAUUCCUUUAUUUAAAGAGGAGCAGCUGCUCACACCUGAAAUGGCCACAAAACCCCAAAUCUGCUCUUUUUGGGGGUUUUUGUGGGUGCUGGAGCAGCCCCAGCAUUAAAUCCUGCCCUGGAAUUCCAAGGGGAUCCCAAGGAAUUCCCCAUUCCCAGCACUCCUGCAGCUCUGCCAGAUGCUCCCAAACCCCCUCAAAAGUGGGUAAAAAAAUCCAUUUAUUUCACACUUCUACUCCAAUAAAUCAAUCCCCGUGAGGAGCAGAUCCCUGACUUUGGUUCCUUGGAUAAAAAUGGAAUUUUUGGGGUAUUCCCACUUACCUUGAGCCCGGAUGUUCCCAAACCCCCUUCAAAAUUGGGUAAAAAAUCCAUUUAUUUCACACUUCCGCUCAAAGAAAUGAAUCCAUUUGGGAAACAGAUCCUUGAUUUUGGUUCCCUUGUAUAAAACAUGGAAUUUUUAUGGAUAUUCCCACUUAUCAUGAGCCCAGAUGCUCCCAAACCCCUCAAAAAAGUGGGUAAAAAAAUCCAUUUAUUGCUCCCCUCUGCUCCAAUAAAUCAAUCCCUGUGAGGAGCAGAUCCCUGACUUUGGUUCUCUUGGAUAAAACAUGGAAUUUUCAUGGAUAUUCCCACCUACCUGGAGGCUUGGGAAGACCCUGGAUGCUCCCAAUUUCCUUUCAAAAUUGGGUAAAAAAUCCAUUUAUUUCACCCUUCUGCUCCAAGAAAUGAAUCCCUUUGGAAAGCAAAUCCCUGAUUUUGGUUCCCUUGUAUAAAAAUGGAAUUUUUGGGGUAUUCCCACUUAGCUCGAGCCUGGAUGUCCCCAAAUCCACCUUUGCCUUCAAAUUUGGGUAAAAAAAUCCAUUUAUUUCACACUUCUGCUCCAAUAAAUGAAUAAAUUUGGGAAGCAAAUCCCUGAUUUUGUUUCCUUGUAUAAAAAUGGAAUUUUUAUGGAUAUUCCCACCUUCCUCGAGGCUCAGGAAGGGCCUGGAUGCUCCCAAAUCCCCUUCAAAAUUGGGCAAAAAAAUCCAUUUAUUUCACCCUUCUGCUCCAAGAAAUGAAUCCCUUUGGGAAGCAAAUCCCUGAUUUUGGUUUCCUUGUAUAAAAUAUGGAAUUUUGGGAUUUUUUUUUUUUUUUUUUUUUUGCUUUUCUCCAUCCAAACCAUCCAGAGCAGGAGCUGGGGCUGGAAAAAUCGGGAUCAAAGGCCCGAAAUGGAGGAGCUGCCAUGGCCAAGAUCAGCCAGGAAAAUCCAGGUGACAGGAGAGGGGACAGAGGCUCCAUUGUCACCUCCCUUUGUUCGGGAAAUCUUUGCUCCAGCUCUGCCUUUUGUGCUCCUUUCAAUCCCACUCUUCAAAAAUAAUUUAAAUUAAAAGAAACCACGCUUCAAAUCCCGAGUUAAACCCCCUUAAUAAUCAUCAUAAUUAAUUAUUAAUAAUAAUUUUUAAGUAAGAAAAUUAAUUUUUUUUUUUUAAUUUUUGCUGGGAAAAUAAAAUAGAAUCGAAGGAUUUGUUGGAGAGGAGCAGAGCAGGCAGCUGAGCAGCGCUGGGGAUGGGCUGGGAUUGUCCUUUGUGGCCGGGGCUGCAUCUGCCGCCGCUCAAUUAACGGCGGGCGCUAAUUAAAGGCAGCAGCAGCUGCCGGGCUGAACCAGCAACGCCUCUGGGGACAAGAAGGACUCGAGCUCUCCCGUCAAGGGCUCACCAUUUAUUCCUUUCAAAUGUUACAGCUUUUGUUCGGUGCUUCACUUGUUUUUUUUAAUGGUUUUUUUUUAAUAUUUUCUUAUUUUUUGUCGGUUUUUUUUUUUUUACAAGUUAGAAAAUCGCAAAUCAAGCGGUUUCGUUCUUUUUUUUUUUUUUUUUUUUUGGCCGUUAAAAAAAUUAUUUACAGAGGAAAAAAAAAAAAAAACAACCAAAAAAACAAAGUUGGCUUCACAUUAUAACCCCUGUCUCCACCCCACGCCCUAAAAUUAUCCCUUAAAGCAGAAUUAAUCACAGAAUUAUGGUUUUAAGCCAAGAGAAGACAUUCUAAAAAACGAACCAGAUAUUAGCUUUUAAAACCAUCGGUUUCUAUAGGGGAAAAUUAAAAAAAAAAAAAAAAAAAGCACAAAA